AUGCCGUUGGAUCUGGAGUACAAUGAUAAUCACACACGUCUCACAGAGACUCCUCCAGAGUUCAAUGGACUGAUUUCUAUCUUGAACAUGCAACUCUUCUUCCUCGUCAAUAUCGCUCAUUUCAUUAAGAAUUUUGAAAGGUUGAACGUCAGAAAUAUCUCGUUCUUGAAAGCAGAUGUUUCUGAAACCUUAUUCACCCUGAAUGGUGUAAACAUCUUUGAACGAUUCAGCUACGGGUAUCUAGACAACAUGAUGAACGCUUCAGAACUAGAAAGAGAGUUUCUCUCGGAGAACGGUUACUUCGAGGCUUUCCGCCUAUUUGACCAUAUUAGAGAGUUUCGAUCGGAGAACGCUUUCUUCGAGGCAUUUCGACUGUUUGACCAUAUUCGAGGGUUUCGAUCGGAGAACGCUUUCUUCGAGGCAUUUCGCCUGUUUGACCAUAUUCGAGGGUUUCGAUCGGAGAACGCUUUCUUCGAGGCAUUUCGCCUAUUUGACCAUAUUCGAGGGUUUCGAUCGAAGAACGCUUUCUUCGAGACAUUUCGCCUAUUUGACCAUAUUCGAGAACUUCGAUUGGAGAACGCUUUCUUCGAGACAUUUCGCCUAUUUGACAAUAUUAGAGAGUUUCGGUGGGAGAGCGGUUUCUUCGAGCCAUUUCGUCUAUUUGACCAUAUUCGAGGGUUUCGAUCGGAGAGCGGUUUCUUCGAGCCAUUUCACCUGUUUGACCAUAUUCGAGAGUUUCGAUUGGAGAACGCAAAACCCACAAUAUUCGCUUGCCAGGAGGCUAUGGCAAGGCCUAAUAUUACCCUCGGUACUACUCUGAAGGAUACUAACGAUGUGGUGAAGACUCAAGUGGAGUUCCGCUACCAUGGGUUAACCGAAUACCUAAUCAAAAAUUAG